AUGUCGAGUGAAAUUAUAAUUUUGGACAUUUCUAACACUUGCAGGACUUGUUUAGCACAGAAUCAUAAUAUGCACUCAGUAACCGAGUCUAUUAAGACAGCACAAAACAAUAAUUUUGUUAUCAGAGAUAUGCUUAUGUCUUGCACCAAAAUUCAGAUUUCGGAAAAUGAUGGGCUUCCACCACAAAUCUGUCUCAAGUGCGUUUGUCGCGUUAGUGAUGCUUAUUUAUUUAAAUUAAAUUGCGAAAAAUCAGAAAAGACCUUACGCGAUAAUUUACUUAGUAAAUCAUCAGAAAUUCCAAUGGAAGAUAUCGAGCAAAGUCAAAUCGCAAAUUGUGAAACAUUCAAAGACAAUGUUAUGAACCUUAUCAAUAUUGCAGUCGAGGAAACAAAUUCUUUUGAUGCUGCAUUGACUUUGGUAUCACAAAGUGAAAAAAAUAAUGAUAUAAUGGAAAAUCAAAGUAAUAGUACGGUAGAGUUGAAUUAUAAAAAACGCAAAGCAAAAACGCGUUAUAAACCAGCAAAUAAAACAAACAGUAAAGUACGUAAAUUAGUAAAAAUAGCCCCCAAGCAAAAUGAUGAUAAAAAUCAAAUAAUUUCGGAGAAUAUUGAACUGAAAGCUCAGUGCAAAAUAUGCAGUAUUUACUUCAUUUAUGAAAAUGAAUUACAAAUGCAUUUAGCCGAAGUACAUGGCAUCAAUUCAUCAGCUAAAUAUUUAUGCAGUAUAUGUAACAUUGAAUUUCCAGAUUCUGAUAAAUUAAACGAGCACAAUUUGUUGGAACACACCUAUCGAUGUGAUGAAUGUUUGAACUGGUAUUCGACUAAAGAAUUGCUAAAAAAGCACAAAUGUUUAGUACACCGAAAAACACCAGAAUUAUCUUGUAAUAUUUGCCAAAAAAACUUUCAAACCCUUCGUGGUUUGACCAUACACAAAACACUGCACAACAUAAAAUCCAAGGAAGAGAAAAUCUCCUGCAAAAUUUGUGAUAGAACUUUUAGUGUUGUAUCUAAUUUAACAUAUCAUAUGAAAUUUCAUAAGUCUUAUGUUUGUCAUUAUUGUAAUAGUGGUUUUUAUAAUUUUGCCUCAAUGAAAGCACACAUGAAACGAGACCAUGAUGGUAAAAAACCUUAUUCUUGCACGUUUUGUAAUAAAACUUUCAAUUAUCAUAAGUUAUCUAACGACGAGGCGAAACAGAAAGUUGAUAAAAUGGAAAAUUUGCCAAAAUCGUUUUUGAAUAUUUGUGAAAUUAACGAAAAAAGUGAAAUUGAUGCUUUGGGUUUUGAUAAUUCUUUGUGUAAUAAUAACUUGACACAAUUUAUUGAUUUGACAAAUGAUGUGGACACGAAUAAUAUUACUUUGAAUGAUGAUGGGACUAUAAAUAUAGCUAUAAAUGAUGAUGCACUUGAAAGUAUUCAAGAGGAGGUUUUGAAUCCAACUGGAUUCUCAUCGGAAAAUAUUCAAGAAGUUUUAAAUCAAACCAGAUUUUUAUCAGGACAUCAAGGGAAAGGUUUAUUUCUAACUAGAUUAUCAUCGGAAAAUGUUCAAGAUCAGGUUUUAAACCCAACUGAAUCCUCAACAGAAAAUAUGCAAGACAAGAGUUUAAAUCCAACUAGAUUCUUAUCGGAAAAUAUUCAAGAGGAGGGUGUAAAUCCAACUGGAAUCUCAUCAGAAAAUAUUCAAGAAGACGGUUUAAAUUCCACUGAAUGUUCAACAGAAAAUAUGCAAAACAAGGGCUUACAAAAUAUUCAAAAAGGUUUAAAUCCAUCUAGAUUUUUUUCAAAACAUAUUCAGCAGAAUAGUACAUUAUUAUUCUCAUCGAAAAACAUUCAAGAGGAUGAUAUAAAUCAAACUAGAUUUUCUUCAGAAAAUAUUCCAGAACAAGGUUUAAAUCAGACUAAAUCCUCAUCGGAAAAUAUUCAAAAAAAAAUUAUCUUUUCAUCAGAUCAUAUUCAGGAGCAGGUUUCAGAUUCAACUAGAUUUUCAUCAGAAAAUGAUCAACAGGGUAGUAACCUCUCAUCAGAAAAUAUUCAAGAUAAAGGUUUGAUUCCAACUAGAUUUUUAUCAGAUAUUCAGGGAGAGAGUUUAAAUCAAACUAAAUUCUCAUCAGGAAAUAUGCAAAAGAAAACUAGAUUCUUCUCAGAAAAUAUUCAGAAUGAGGUUUCAAAUCCAAGUAGAUUCUCAUCAAAACAUGUUCAAGAGCAGGUUUCAAAACAAACUAGGUUCCCAUCAGAAAAUAAUCAACAGGAUAGUAGAUUUCUAUCAGAAAAUAUUCAGGAUGAGGGCUUGAUUUCAACUAGAUUCUCAUCAGAAAAUCUUCAAAAGAAAAUUAGAUUCUCAUCGGAAAAUAUUCAAAAGGAGGUUUCAAAUCCAAAUGGAUUCUCGCCGGAAAAUAUUCAAGAAUGUUUAAAUCCAACUCUAGGAUUUUCAUCAGAAAAUAAUCAAGAUGAAGUUUUAAAAUACUCGUCGGGAAAAAUUCAAGAGGAGGUUUCAAAUCCAACUAGAUUCUCAGCGCAAAACAUUCUAAAUGAGGUUGUAAAUCCAACUGGAUUCUUAUCGGAAAAUAUUCAAGACGACGGUUUAAAUCAAACUAGAUUUUCAUCAGAAAACUUACUAUUCUCAGAUUCAAUUAAAGUUCUGAAGCAAGAAAUUUUUGCAGAUAACAAAAUCGAAACAAAUUUCUCCGUCACCGAUAUGGGUGAAUAUACAGUCAACGAAAUAAACAGAGACGAUACAACAAAUAUUAUGGAAACCCUCAAAAAUAAUUCACCUGAUGUGUCACAAACAAAUGUGGUCAUUAAUGAUAUAUUUGCAUCCGGGAAAAUUGUUGAUUACGAUGAAAGCAAGCAACAAUAUACAUUGCGAUACGAAGGAACUGAUUAUGUAAUAUCUGCAGAUGGUCUGAACCAAAACCAAAAUCAAACUCAAAGUGAUUUAUUGAAUGAUGAUGUACUCGAAUCCAAUGAUGAGGUAGUUGCCAAUACUGAUGAUUGUGAAGCUUUUACAUGCAAAUUGUGCAAUAUAACAUUUAUCGAUGAAGUAUCUUUUGCUGAUCAUAUUCCUAAGCACAAUACAGAUGCUAAAAGUUUAGACGAGUGCAAAACGUUGCAAAAAACUGCUAUCGAAAGUUCUGCAGAAAUUAGUGAUGGUAUGGUUAGAAUCAAUGUUGAUUCCAAUACUGGCAGUGUGUCGUACGAAAAAUCUGAUGUCAUAUUUUCUGAACAAGAUUAUGCACAAGUAUCCAAGGGUGAGGAGUUGGAUGUACCUCGUUACAGGUGUCCAAAAUGUGAUGAUUUGUUUACUAGACAAUAUAGUCUCAAUAGACAUCUUGCUCAUACGCAUAACGAAAUGUGUUUAGUUUGUAACACUUGUGGUGAAAGUUUUAAUAGAGUUUCUUUGCUCGAAGAGCACAGAUCCAAACAUAAAAAUAUGCUAAACAUGGGCGUGAUCAUCACAACUGCAAAUGAAUCCUUUGAAGAAAAUCUGGAGUCGCAAAAUUCAAUGCAAGAAAUUGAGUCUUUGUACGUAUACGAACCGGAAAAUCAAAGUUAUCCAUGCGAACUGUGCAAUAAGACUUUUCAAAUGCAAAUUUAUUUGGAACGUCAUCGUCUGGUUCACAUGGGUAUCACACAACCAGGAUUCAUGUGCUCGAUUUGCAACAAAAUUUUCCUUACAUCAGUGGAUAUGCAAAAGCACAAACGCAAACACAAUGAAGAAUACCUACAAUGCAACUUGUGUGAUAGAACUUUUACAACUAUUGGAGGCUUAAAGUAUCAUUUAAAAACUCACACAGGAACCAAAAACCAUAAAUGUCCAUUCUGUGGUAAAAAGUUUACAGCAAAUGUUAACUUAAACGCACAUAUAAAAACGGUGCAUUCAGAAGUUAAACCUCAUUUGUGUAAUAUUUGUGGCAAAAGAUACACAACAAUCGAUCAUCUCAGAAAGCAUAUGGUGUAUCACACAGGCGAAAGGAAAUUUCAGUGUAAUGUUUGUGGAAAAGAUUUUACACAAAAUUCACAUUUGACUCAGCAUUCCUGGAUUCAUAGUGGCAUCAAACCUUAUGCUUGUAAAUAUUGUGAUAAUAAAUAUACUUCUUCUUCGGCUUUGAAGAAGCAUUUGCAGACCAAUCAUAUGCAAAUGAAUCAAUAAUGAAUAAAAGAAUAAUGA